AUACGUGGAAAACAUAUCAAUCCUUUCUUCAAGUGUAUUCGGUAAAAUGAACAAAUAUUCCAAGAAUUUCAUUUUGGUCGGGGACUUGAACCACCAUUGUCUGCUAUGCAAGGAGUCGUUUCUAGCAGUAGACGAGUUGGAGAAGCAUUUAAGAUGGGAGAAACACCGGAAAGGUAUCAAAGUCCUAAGCCCUUUGCCGAAGUUUAAAAGGGAUCGCAUUUUUAAGAUCGAUGAUAAGUACUUCUGUGAGCAUUGUAACCUGAUUUUGAGUACAAUUUCGGAAAUACCAAAGCACAUACAGGAUGAAUGUCAUCAAAAGCGUAAAGCUGACCCCGAAAUAGAACUUCGACCCUCACUGUGUAAAAGAGAGUCUAGCUUAACAUAUAUAGGGAAGGAUAAAAAUAUAAUUAAGAUUCCUAAUAAAGAGUGGUAUGGGAUAAUUGAUUCAAAAUGCAUAUUCUGUGAUACUGCUGUGGAUCAAUUUAUGAAACAUGUUUCAUUGUCAGACCACAUGAUAACUAUGAUUCAAAGUAAGAUUAUUCUGAAUGAGGAAGGCUUGUUUUAUAGGGAGUUUAAAGACAAGUAUGGUUACUGCUUUCUGUGUAAGACAACAUUUCAAAUACAAGCUAAGAGUGAACACUGGAAAGAUGAAGUUCACGUAGAGAAGACAAACGCACACAAUGUGAACAAUGCCAAAACCGAUCACGAAAAGAAACUGGAUGUGGCCGUUAAACUUAUUAGUACUCAGAAAGACUAUUUUGAUAUCGAUCUGGAAAACAGAGUGGCCACUUGCAAGAUUUGUACUGCCUACGUGAAUAUAAACUUCAAAUUCAUGAUAGAGCAUAAGAAAAUUCAUAACAUAACAGACAAAGAUAAGAUUAAACAAGCUCCAGUGGCCAUGGAAAAGGUAUUUAAGUCUCUCAGAAUUAAGAGAUCUAAUAAAGAAAUCUAUGAUCAUGGUAAGUUAAGGGCUGAACUAGCCAAAUUUGGGAGGGAGAAUUUUAUCAAACUGGUAUUUCCAGGGGAUAAGGGUUACUGUUUGCUAUGUGGCACAUAUAUAUCAGCUCAUAUGAAGAAAUUUACGGAACAUUUGAAAGGAUAUGUUCAUAUGGCACAAUUAGAUUUAAAAAAUGGGAAACUCCAUGUCAAGCCGGAGUAUAAGACAAAAAAUGUGAAGGACUUUAUAGAGACAGUUGGUUAUUCUAAAGUUAUGCAUUCCUUGUGGAUCAACGAACAGUUUGCUGCUGAUGUGACUUCUUUAACACUUGUUUCCGAGAUCCAUGAUCCUCAAUGUGAGAAAUUCAAAUGUUAUGCAUGUGACAAUACUUAUAAACAAAAAGAAUACGAAGAACACUGUCUCUCAGAAACCCACAGAAAAAACUUUCAUAAUGCUGAACUCAUAACUACAAUUGAGGAUGAAUUUAUUAGAGAGGUACGUCCUAAUCUGUACCACUGUGCAGUUUGCAACCUAAUGUUUGCAUUUUGGGACACAUUGGAUAAACACAUACAUAGCGGGAAGCAUAACACGGUUAAAACUGUCAUGAAUGAUGACUCUGUAAGUGAAAAGCUGGAAAUACUAUCUUUCGACAAAGAGGAAUUGUUAGCAAAAUUGGUCAGCUUAGGUUUAAAAAGAGGUCUCAAGCAGCCCACACAGGAAAAAUAACAUGAAAUUGUUUGGGUACUUGCAUAGGUCAUAUUUA